UUGCGAAACGGCGAGAGACGAGGCAUAGACGGUGAAACGAAACAAUCGGGAUGUUCACGUUGCUCGAGUUGUUUAUAAAUUCUUUUGACGCGUUUUAACACGCUUCACCUGUUGUUUCUCUCUGUUUUUUUGUUAUUUUUCAAUACGAUAUGAUCUUCGACGAGGAACGAUAAAACAUCGAGAGGCAAGUCUACUUGCGUGGAAAUUCCAGUUCCAGCUGCGGCCUUCGGGAGUCGCGUCGGUAAUUGUAGAAUCGGUAUACUGUGCGUGUAAGUGUGGUGUAUAGUAGACGCAGACAGUUCUGAUUUGAUCGUGAAAAUUUUCAAAGAGUUCUGUUCAUCGAGAUCUCGUUUUCUCGAGCAACAAACGAAGAAGAUUCAUUUACGAGGACGCCAUGUUGUUAUAAACUGGUAGUGGACCAGGCGUUGGCAAAGUGACCGCGGACAACAGAAACGAUGAUUUGUACAAGUGCAUGGCUAUGGUGACAUUGGUGCAGCAGCAUCAGCAAACUACAUUGGACGAGAACCGUUGCCAGAAGGAACAAGAUCAGAUCAGUAUUACCACUAUCGAAAAUUCCGACACCGAAAAUUCUCACGGUGAGAUUGUACAAUCACAAGCGGUAAAAGACAACACCGCGGUCACUGUUGCCGGAAAUGGUAGCUUCGCCGGAUCCUCUACGCAGUGCAGUGACGUAGAAGAGGACAAUGAUGAGGACGAUGAUACGGAUAUCGAAGAAGGAGAGUGGAUACCUGAUUUACCUGUGCCAGCGGUGUUUCAGGCGCAUCAGCAAGUGAUAACCGCGGAUGGUAACGUGGUGCUACCAAACGCAGAUACCUCGAAUUUCGGUGAUGUGCGCGUAAAGAAUUCAGCUAACGUGCAUCUUGGUAACAAGACCUUUUACAAGGGUCCAGUGACAAUAAAGCAGUUCGUUUACACGAGCCCAACCUCGAUACAGGAGCCAAUAAGUGUGGUGAAGACCAACAAUGGUCAAACAUCGAGUGUUAACACGUCUGACUUGCCCGCUGCUCAUGGAGACUCGACUGCGAACUCGAUCUUGUCGCAAAACUCCGUUUUAAUAAAAGUGACGAAAUGGUUAUGGACCUGGCGAUGUGCGUCGCUUUUGUGUAUACUAGCUUUAAUUCUUGCAAUUUCUGUGAUCGUCGCCAGUGUAUAUACCGGGCGCGAUCUUCCUGUUUACCCGGAAAUACCAAGUCCUAUUCCGCCAAAUGGUAACGUCCGUUUCGUUCCGCGACAAGAAUGGGGUGGUCAACCACCUGAAGAACCAUUACUACCGAUGAAACUUCCCGUUCCGUACGUGAUUAUCAGUCACACGGCAACCGAUUUUUGUUCGACGCAAUCGGCAUGUACAUUGCACGUUCGAUUUGCACAAACGUUUCACAUUGAAUCCAAACACUGGUCAGAUAUCGCUUAUAGUUUUCUUGUUGGUGGUGAUGGACUUGUAUAUGUUGGCCGUGGUUGGGACAAAAUGGGUGCACACUCCUUUGGAUAUAAUAAUAUAAGUAUAGGUAUUUCUUUUAUCGGUACGUUCAAUACCGUAGAACCACCAAAAAUUCAACUGGUCGCUGCGCAACGACUUAUCGAGAUAGGCGUAGAAGAAGGUAAAAUUGCACCGAACUAUAAAUUACUAGGACAUAAACAAGUAUCUCGGACUUUAAGCCCUGGAGAUAAAUUGUACAGUAUCAUUCAAACUUGGCCUCAUUGGUCGCCAGAGCCAUAA